GACGGCUAUUCAAUUCAAUAGCCUUUGCAUUCGUUGUUGGUACUCUCUCUGUGUGUGUUUUCAAUCAAGCGAGCGGCGCGCGAACCUCAUCUUUUCCGCAUUGAUACCAACAAAAACAUAUUUACUGCAAUAAAGCUGCGUUUGUGGCGUCGUUUGUUUAUUUUUUACUAACUAAAAACAAACAAUAACAACACAAGAAGCACCAAACUCCAAACUCGCGUUACGUUACGUUUAUCGUUCCGUUCGCUGUUACGCCGAUUCGCCGUAAGAAUCGGUAACAAAAAUUUUUUCAAACUUUACCGUGUGGCGUCUGACGGCUCUGCUUCUGUUAGUUCCUUCGUCGUACAUACAUAAAUACGUAUAUACAUAUAAAUAUAUAUAUAUUAUAUAUAUAUUUAUAUAUCUGCAUAAUAAUCAAUAUAACGUACAUAUGUACAUGGAAUAAACGAAUGCGAGUUGCAAUUGGCUUUCAACUUAUUUUAGCCAUUCAGUUUGUGUUGUGUGCAGUGCAAAAAAUCAAAAGAGGAAGAACGCAGAAAAAUACGUACAUAUAUAAAACUAUUGCAAAAUAUAUAAACUAACUCCUCGCCACCCUCAACCCCCUCAGUACGAACCAUUCGCACAGUAAUCGGCCAAAAUCAUGGAACACUUUCAUCAAAUACAGCAAACAAUUCAACACUAUCAGCAGCAACUGGCUGCGCAGCAACAACAACAAGCGGCUGCAGUACAACAGCAACAGUUGCAGCAACACCAAGUGGUUGUCCAGCAAAAUCAACAGCAGGCACAUCAGAAUAGCUCCAACGCCACCUCCAACGUUGGCACCCAACAGCUAUUCACAUACAAAAUGGCCAGUAGUUUCCCCAAUCCAGCCACAACAAUGGCCCAGGUCGUUGCCACCUCGAAUGCGGCAACCACUGGCUACGAUUACCGCCUAAAUAUGGCACAGGCUGCGGCAGCCGCGGCGGUGCCCGGCUCCCAAUGGUGGUAUCCGGCUGCCAAUCAGGGUCAGGUUGAUGCCAACACAGCUGCACAGCUCCAGCAGCAACAGCAGCAACAACAGCAGCAGCAACAACAGCAACAGCAGCAGCAACAGCAACAACAACAGAUGCAACAACAGCAGCAGCAACAGAAUGUCAUCAACUCAGCUGGGAGCCCAAUGGUUAGAGGGGGCAAAGCUGAUGCGAAACCCAGAGGCCGAAUGACCGCCUACGCAUACUUUGUACAGACAUGCAGAGAGGAGCACAAAAAGAAGCAUCCCGAUGAGACAGUGAUCUUCGCUGAGUUCUCAAGGAAAUGCGCUGAGCGCUGGAAGACGAUGGUUGACAAGGAGAAGAAACGCUUCCACGAAAUGGCUGAAAAAGACAAGCAACGGUACGAGCAGGAGAUGCAGAACUAUGUGCCGCCCAAGGGUGCGGUCGUGGGCCGUGGCAAGAAAAGAAAACAAAUCAAGGAUCCGAAUGCGCCAAAACGUUCAUUGUCUGCGUUCUUCUGGUUCUGCAAUGAUGAAAGAAAUAAAGUGAAGGCUCUUAAUCCGGAAUACGGUGUUGGUGACAUUGCCAAAGAGCUGGGCCGCAAAUGGUCGGACGUCGAUCCCGAAGUGAAGCAAAAGUACGAGUCGAUGGCAGAGAGGGACAAGGCACGAUAUGAGCGAGAAAUGACCGAGUACAAGACAAGCGGGAAAAUUGCCAUGUCAGCGCCCUCGAUGCAAGCGUCGAUCCAGGCGCAGGCCCAAGCAGUACAGAAAGCCGCGUUACUCGCCGCAGCCGCACAGCAGCAGCAGCAUCAGCAGCUGGAUGAGCAGCACGACGACGAUGACGGUGACGGCGAUGAUGACGAGAAUCAAUAGGUCUAGCAGUAAAAUACUCUUCACUAUUUAUACACUAUCCUCCGUUGGUCAUCACGAACAAGGAAAUGGCGUCAGCUGAUCGAUAACCAGAUUAACUGAUGCGUGUUGAACAUAUAUAUAUACACCAGUAUAUAUUGAUAUAAUAUAUAUAUAUAUAUACACACAAUAUAUAUAUAUAUAUAGAAAUAUAAUAUUAAUUUUUUUUUUUUUUUAAUAAUAAGUAAUCAAAUUUCCAUGAAUUACUGAAGGAGAAAAUCACAAAGAAACCUUUUAUAAGUUUUAUUUUUAAGAAUAUAAUAUAUAAGUAUAUAUGGUUAGAUUAAAAUGACAUUAAUCUGUCUGCAAAUCUUAAUUUUGUGCUUCAAUGAUAAGUUUCUCCUAAAACACUAAGUACGAAUUAUUUUAUAACUUUGAAGAAAUUCAUCAUGUCAUUCUCAGCAAGCAAACACUCACAGAACACUCACAUACAUAGACACGUUACCACUAAACAUGCAAACAUAUGUAUAUACAUAUAUUACGUAUAUUAUUGGUACAUAUUUCCCCCAUUUAUUAAAGUUAGAUGAUUCACACCAAUAAUGAAACUAAGAAAAUGAUGAAACAAAAAUCUAAAUCUUAAACUAAAAACUAAAACUAAAACUAAAA